AUGUUACGUGCAGUUGAAUUAUUCAGUGGUAUCGGUGGCAUGCAUUGUGCUCUCGAUUUCACUGAUCUCAAUUAUGAAAUCAUAGCUGCUAUUGAUAUAAAUCCAACAGCAAAUCUAGUCUAUGCAUCAAAUUUUCCAAAUGCGCCUGUCAUGAAUCGUACAAUUGAAGGUAUAUCUUUAAAUCAAUGGGAAAAAUGGAAUGCAGAUAUAUGGUUGAUGUCUCCUCCUUGUCAACCAUUUACUCGACAAGGUAAACAAGAAGAUUUAAAUGAUCGUCGUACCGAUGGAUUUGUUCAUUUAAUGAAAAUUAUUCUUCCACAAUUAAAAGCAAAACCAAAAUAUAUUCUUCUUGAAAAUGUAUCUGGUUUUGAAUAUUCUCAAGCUCAUCAAUUAUUACUAGAUACACUUCAAGCACACAAUUAUUAUUACGAACAAUAUCUUCUAUCACCAAUACAAUUCGGUAUACCUAAUUCGCGUCUACGUUUUUAUCUUAUUGCUAAACAACAAGAAAAACCUACUGAUACAUAUUCAUCUUCUAUAUUAACUCGAAUAUCAAAUUUCGAAAGAUUAUAUAACAAACUUCGUCAGCAAUUUCCAUCAAAAGAUUUAUCUCUCGAAGAAAAUUCUUUUUAUGAAAAUGAUCAAAUAACAGAUCGAUGUAGUCAUUCAUCGGAAAUACUUGUUCAACCUGAUCAAUCGAUAUAUAUUAAUGAUUUUUUAAUUUCAAAUGAAAAUCAAGAUUUUGAAUUAAAUGAAAAACAAUUAGAACGAGGUUUACAUGUUUGUGAUAUAAUCACUUGUCAUGCAAAACGUUCAUUUUGUUUCACAAAAUCUUAUGGAAAAUAUUUUGAAGGUACGGGUUCAUUAUUUCGAACCCUGUCGAAUCGUAUUCGAUAUUUUACACCUAAAGAAAUAGCUAAUUUACACUGUUUUCCAUUAAACUAUCAAUUUCCUGAACAAAUUACAACUCGUCAAGCCUAUUCAUUACUUGGUAACAGUUUAAGUGUUUUUGUUGUAGGAGUUUUACUUGAAAAUCUUUUCGAGCGCUCAUAA